CGGCGAGCAGCACGGCGCUGAAAGAGGGCAGUCUGGGCUGGACGCUGCCUUCAGCAGCUCAGUCCGUCUGUCUGUGAUUUACUGAGAGGAGCUGCAGCUGCAUGCGCAGGGAUUCUGUAUAACGAGCUCUUCUCUGCGAUCUCCCUUGUGAUGUGUUGCUGUCAGCGGUGCUGAGAGUCUCCAGGCUCCUGUUCUCUGCGCUGACUUCAGAGAUUCGAGAUAAAGAAUGGAAUCGGCCUCUGGAGUCCACAUCUGCAGUCUGCAUCCCGACACAGCGCGGCGCUCCGCUCUCAGCAGCCUGAGGGCUUCGUGAGUUCCUGUAAGAGUGUUCAGAGACGUUUUGGAGGACGAGGCGGCGGAGAGGCAGCAUUGCUGAGCUCAGAGCUUUCGUGCUGUGGAGAACUGGCUUCCAAGGUGGUGAUGUCUGACGGAGCUGAGCCCAGAGACUGUGAUGAGGCCUUUGAGUCAGAAGAGGGCGAUGGAGACCAGUUUUUGGAGGAGGAAGAGGAAGAGGAGGAUGAGACAGAGAGCAGUAAAGAGCUCUUAGAGAGGCUGAGAGAGCUGGAGGCAGAAAACACAGCCCUUGCUCAAGCCAACGAGAAUCAGAGAGAAGCUUACGAGCGAUGUCUAGAUGAGGUGGCCAACCAUGUGGUGCAGGCACUGCUGAACCAGAAGGACCUGCGGGAGGAGUGCAUCAAGCUGAAGAUGCGCGUGUUCGACCUGGAGAGACAGAACAAGACUUUGACAGAGCUCUUCACCCAGAAGCUGCAUUCCACACCCAAUCCUUUACAACAGCUACCGCCGGUAGCCUGUCCAGAGCACAGCUCAGAGGCCUUGGUCAUUGGCACAGAAAAGCUGACCACAUUCAGUACUCAGGGGAAGGUCAAGAGCAAUGACGAAUGCACACAGAACGGCACAGGAGGCUCCCCUCAAGCUUCGGCCUCCUCCAUGGAAGCCAUGUCUCCAUUCCUCAAAAAGAAAGCACACAUCCUGGAGGUUCUUCGUAAGCUGGAGGAGUCGGAUCCACUUAAGUUUCAUCCAUCAGCCUGCUACUACUAUCACGGACAGGCAUUGUUGCCAGGAGAGACGACCGUGGUGACUCCAAGCACACGUCAGCCCCACUGCCGACACUCCAGUUCAGAUUCGGAUAUUCAUGAGUAUGCUAAUGGGGAAGGGGCACAACAAGACAGCCGUGCGUCCUUGAGGUAUGGUGGUUGUCCAUCCUGUCGUAUUCUUUCUCAGAGAAGUAGCUUAGACAGCCUGCUUAAAUGUAACCAGGGACUUGGCAUGGGCUCGCAUUCUGGCAGAGAUGAGUCCCAGACAUCUUCAGAAGAGCACAGUGCUUCAGCACAAAGCACAUAUCCACAGACAAAGAUGCCGGACAAAGCAAACCAACCCAGCACACACAGCAGAGCAAAUGUUACUCAUUUCUCCCAGCCAAAAGCCACCGUUCCAUAUCUUUCUUCCCUGAGUGCCGAUUCCUCUGAAAUAGGCGAGGAGCCAAAGCACGACAGGGACAAAAUAUCGCCUACAAAGUCAAAGGGUGCUAACGGUGGUCCCCAGGAUGUCAGGCAAUCUGACAGCAUGCCAACAUCUAGAGCUGAUGAGUGCCGUUAUCUGGAGGUUGCCACCGAUUCUGUGAAACAUGAGCAUGACUCCUCAGUCUGCAACGGAGUCUUCUCCUCCAACGAAACUUCAGUGUCCAAGAAAGUAUCUGUCGAGUCGUAUUCUCCAACUACUUCAGCAUUUGCGCAGCAGCAAGCCACAGGAAAAGGCAAGUUUGCACACAGUCCAACAUCUCCUCCCUCCUCGUUUAUUGAGUCCAAGCCAUCUCCUGUCUCUUCCCCAUCAAAGCUGCUCAAGUUCCUCAAGAUACCUUCGAUGGCAGAGAACACACCCACGGCCAAUGCCUUGCGCUUGAGUCCUCAGCUUACACGCAGCUCAAAAAUUCCUUGUAGGAAUAAUUAUGAGGUAUACCAAUCACCCGUGAUGUCCCGCAAAGCUACCACAACGGAGCGAGAUAAACCAUCCUCUGCCACCAAAACAGACACCUAUCCUGGUACACAUUCCGCCCCCACCUCCCCGCCAAAGCCUGAGGACACUUGUUCAUCCAUUCCCAUGAAAGAAUCAGGUUACAGUAGUCACUCAGCUCCAAAGCCAAGCAGGGCUUCCAAAGGCGCAAGUCAGUCCUCCUCACAGCCUCAAAAAGGUGCUCAGGUGCCUCACUAUGAAAACAUUUUAGAUCCCUCUGCUUCUCAUUCCGUAAACGGAUUUCCCCAGAUAACCCCAGAGGAAAUGGACCUUUCUGACAAGCAGAAAAUGAGCUUGAGAGAUGAAAGGCUCCUUAGUCCGCUCUCACUUAAAACCUCUGAUUCAUCAGCAACCACAGGCGAAUCUCCUUCCGACCCCUCAGACCAGGACACUGACACAGAGAGUCCAGUUUGGCAAAGGCCCCAGCAUCACUUCAGCCUGCCAACCUCGUCCUCUGCAGCAAACAAGGCACAAAGGACCAGUUACUCCAGCAUGAAAGACAGAUAUCAUGAGGCAGCUCAAAAGCAUGACCCUACUACUCCGUCCCAAGCUGUGGCUAAACGAAGUGACAAGCAGCCAUCGUUGCCAAAAAGGACUGUCACCAGCAAGCCUCAAAAUGAUUCAAGUUAUCACCCUUUCAAAGAACGUCUGGCAGCCCUUGGCAAACUGAAGAGCACGGAGGACCUCCAACAGGCCGUAGAAAAGAGAGAAGUGCAAAGUAAUGUGGGUAAAACCGGUGCAUCACCAGGGAACAGUGAAAGAAGCAAGACGGCAGAGCGCAUUGUAAUGGAACAGCGGCAUUCAAAGUAUACAGAUUCACUUGAUGGGAAACCCUACCCUAAAACCAGCUUUGGCAAUUACGCCAAGGCCUCUGGUUCUUCCUCUCAUGAACAGAGCACUAAGCCAGUGACAGCAGAAAAAAAUUAUAUAGCUAAAGUAGAGGGUCAAAAGAUCAAAAUGGGAAUGUCUUCUACAAGCUCUUGCGAAACCCCUGUUGUGAUGCGAAGCUAUGGAAAGUGCCCCAAUCCCCUCACCCACCACAGCAAAACGGUCCCAAGUCCUCAAAGCAGCCCUACUAGAGUGCAAUCAAAGUCCCCGUCCAAAGCUGGCAAUGCCUCCUCCUAUCCCCGAGGAAUGAAACCAGUUCAAGAUGAGCGCUCCCACCCCCAGCGGCACACAUCGCGUGCUGAAGACAAACCAAAGCUCCCGGCUGGAAAGAAAAAGACCUUUGCUCAUGUCGAUAACUUCCCACCUCCCCCUCCGCCAAGACCCGGAGCAGAAUCAGCUAAUAUUAAGACUGUUGAAGAAAAACGACCUUCUGCGGCAGCUCCCGCUCCCCAGUCAGCCAUUGAGCAGAAAGUGAUGCGGGGAAUUGAAGAAAACAUGCUUAAGCUGCAGGAACAAGAUCGAGGCCAAGCUGCAGAAACAAAACAGAAGACCUCCAAUGGGAUAGCCAGUUGGUUCGGCCUGAAGAAAAGCAAGCUUCCAGCACUUAAUCGCAAACCUGAAAUGUCCAAGCUCAAGCUCAAUGUGUCGUCCUCUUCCUCUGGAGCCAAGGAUGCCUCAGGGGCCAAAGGAGGACCCAGAAAGGUGGUGGAAAGCUUAAACAUCUCUAAGCUCAUGGAGAAGGCAGAAGAUUUAAGGAAGGCCUUGGAAGAAGAAAGGGCCUAUGUGAACAGGGUGGGGAUUGCUCUGGAUCGUCCCGGGAGAGGACACUCAUGUGAAGUGGUAAUGGACCAAGCACAGGGUCAGCUAUCGCUUAUGUACAGGGGAGUAACGGCUGACAGCUUCAUGCAACAGCUGCUGAAUAGGGUGGAUGAGAGAGGAGCCCCAAGUUUCGGCAUAGUCCAUCGGCGCCUUUCCUUCGACUCCAAGAGGUCCCGUCCUGUUUUCGGCCACCAGCAGAACGGCAUCAGCCACACCAGGAGCCGAGAGGAGAUGGACAAAGGUUCAGACAUGGUCAGCCGUGACGAGAUCACAUCUGAUGAGAGCCUGGCGGAGUCCAUCAGCUCCCAGCACUUCACCGGCUCUGGUUCCUCCAUGCGCACUCUCGACAGUGGUAUAGGCACGUUCCCUCUGCCUGACUACGCCAGCAGUGCUGCAGGGAAAGGUAUUCCCAAACCCCAGGGAGACCAAGGCUUCUCUGCUUCUCAGGGAAAACAAGGAGCCCUGCUGAAGGCUCCGCGCAAAGCACGCACUCUGGAGAGAGAGCUUUCGUCUUUAGAUGAAGUGAACCCCUGUGUUCUCUACGCUUCUCCUCUGGAGGCCAAGGGACCAGCCAUGCAUCUUUCCAGCACCAUCCACGAAGACAUAGACGCCUACGGAGCCCAUUUGCAAGCACCACCUACCAAGAACUGGACUUUUCCCAACCUGAGAGGAUCAGCAGGUCCUGCAGAUGUGUACCUGCAGGAGGACAUGGAGCAUCCCAGCCAAGGAACUCCAUCCAGACGGAGUCUGAACAAAGGUGUCCCUCAGGGUCCUCACGAAGCCGACCCCAGAAACCUCCCCCUCCCGCCGCAGAUGGGCAUGAGCCGUCAGAGGAAGGGACGGACUCACGGCGGUCCGGAGAUGUCCAAGGAAGGCGGCCUGGAGCUGGUGAAGGAGCGUCCCGAUGACAUUCUGUCCCCCAGUCGCCCUCAAGCCUUGGAAACGCCCGAGUCCCUCAGUGACUCUCUCUAUGACAGCCUCUCCUCCUGUGGCAGCCAGGGAUGA